UCUUAGUGACUGAAGUGGGCACCAGCGGCUUAGCAUUAUCUUUAAGUUCCCUACUUUGCUGGAUGCUUUUUCGGCCUGGCCUCCUGUGGGGGCUGUAGGUCAGCACCUAAUCACAUAACUGCUGAAACCCCAGUGCCCGAGAAUCUGCCUGAGCAGAGAAACGGCCUUCUCUGCUGGGACCCCAGUUUGGAUCAGAGGCCGGUGGAGGGAAAAAAACAUCUGAAAAUUAUUAGAGGAAAAGCAAUUUUUCCGAGGUGUUUUUGUUUGUUUUUCUCUAAAAUGUAACACACUUGAUAAUUUAAUAAGCAUAUCAAAUUAUACAGAACACAUGUUUUGGUUCCAAAAAUAAUAAAUGGACUAAGUUUGUGAAGCACACUGAGAAAAUAAAUAGUGCAUCUAUUAGGAUUUCCACCUAAAUGUUCACUCCUUUUUCUUCAAAGAUCUUUCCUAUCCUGAAUGGGGUUCAGACUGGAAAAUUUCUGCCUGUCCCUGUUCGCAGACAGGAGGAAGCCGACAUGGGCCCCUGGGAGGGUGGGGAGGGAGAUCAAGGAUGCCAAGCAGUGGGACGCUGGUCUCCCAGAUGGGUCGAGGACUCAGCCCCUGCCCCCUCUUGCUCCACAGGAGCCUUCUUCAUCCCCUACUUCAUCUUCUUCUUCACCUGCGGCAUCCCAGUGUUCUUCUUGGAGGUGGCGCUGGGCCAGUACACCAGCCAAGGCAGCGUGACAGCCUGGAGGAAGAUCUGUCCCCUUCUCCAGGGCAUUGGUCUGGCUUCUGUGGUCAUCGAGUCCUAUCUGAACAUCUACUACAUCAUCAUCCUGGCCUGGGCCCUCUUCUACCUGUUCAGCUCCUUCACCUCUGAGCUGCCCUGGACGACCUGUAGCAAUAGCUGGAACACAGAGCACUGCAUGGACUUUCUGAACCGCUCGGGAGCCCGCACAGCAACCCUCUCUGAGAACUUCACCUCACCUGUCAUGGAAUUCUGGGAGAGACGUGUUUUGGGCAUCACGUCAGGCAUCCAUGAUCUGGGAGCCCUGCGCUGGGAGCUGGCCCUGUGCCUCCUGCUGGCAUGGGUCAUCUGCUACUUCUGCAUCUGGAAGGGGGUCAAGACCACAGGCAAGGUUGUUUAUUUCACAGCCACGUUUCCCUACCUGAUGCUGAUCAUCCUCUUGAUCCGAGGCAUCACCCUUCCUGGAGCCUAUGAGGGCAUCAUCUAUUACCUGAAGCCAGAUUUGCUUCGCCUCAAGGACCCCCAGGUGUGGAUGGACGCGGGCACCCAGAUCUUCUUCUCCUUCGCCAUCUGCCAGGGGUGCCUGACCGCCCUGGGCAGCUACAACAAGUACCACAACAACUGCUACAGGGACUGCAUCGCCCUCUGCUUCCUCAACAGUGCCACCAGCUUCGUGGCCGGGUUCGUGGUCUUCUCCAUCCUGGGCUUCAUGGCCCAGGAGCAGGGGUUGCCCAUCUCCGAAGUGGCCGAGUCCGGUCCUGGUCUGGCCUUCAUCGCCUUCCCCAAGGCUGUGACAAUGAUGCCCUUAUCCCAGCUGUGGUCCUGUCUUUUCUUCAUCAUGCUCAUCUUCCUAGGGCUGGACAGCCAGUUUGUCUGUGUGGAGUGCCUGGUGACAGCCUCCGUGGACAUGUUCCCCAGUCAGCUCCGGAAGAGUGGGCGGCGAGAGCUCCUCAUCCUGGCCAUUGCAGUCGUGUGCUAUCUGAUCGGGCUCUUCCUGGUUACGGAGGGCGGGAUGUAUAUCUUCCAGCUGUUUGAUUAUUACGCUUCCAGUGGCAUAUGCCUGCUCUUCCUGGCCAUGUUUGAAGUGCUCUGCAUCAGCUGGGUGUACGGGGCAGAUCGUUUCUAUGACAACGUUGAGGACAUGAUUGGCUACAGGCCAUGGCCCUUGGUGAAGAUCUCCUGGCUCUUUCUGACCCCUGGACUUUGCCUGGCCACCUUCUUCUUCUCCUUGAGCAAGUACACACCUCUCAAAUACAACAACAUCUACGUGUACCCUCCCUGGGGCUACUCCAUCGGCUGGUUCUUGGCUCUCUCUUCCAUGGUCUGCGUCCCACUCUUUAUCAUCAUCACCCUUCUGAAGACCCAGGGUUCCUUCAAGAAGCGCCUGCGACAGCUCACCACCCCUGACCCCAGCCUGCCACAGCCCAAGAAACACCUGGAUGGUGGUACCAGCCAGGACGGCGGGCCUUCUGCAGCAAGGGAGGGGCUAAUAGUUGGGGAGAAGGAGACCCACUUGUAGGAUGUGGGCAGCAGCCGGGUGGCUAUGGGGCCAGGAACCUCUGUCAGGGCCACCACAGUGGACAGCCUUCGCCUCUGUCCCUCACCGCUGUCUGGCUGGGAACCUCUGUGAUGUCCGUGGGCGCCCCCAGCCAGAGGCCAGGCCGCUCUCUCUCCUCAGCUGGGGCAGCUCCUUCUGGAGGGCGAGAGGUGGUCCCGCUGCAACACGCCAUCCUGUUGGAACAUACCUUCUUAUUUAUAAAGGAGGGUGGUCUUUUUUGAGUCCACCAUCUGAUUCUAACACAUUA